CCUGGGUGGCGGGACGGCGGCCGGGUCUCGGAGGGACCCUUGCAAGGGGGUGGAGGCUCGGGGCCAGUGCCCCAGCGUAGCCUCGGCGGGGGAGGGAGCCGUCUGCAGGACCCUGGCAUCCGGUCUCCCAGCCUCCGCCCUCCCCUGGGACCCAGCGGCCUCCCGCCCACAGCUUUUCCCAGCCCUGCCCCUCGCCCUCCGCUCCAGCCAGAGCACAGACGUUCCCAGGAUCCGUGAGCCUGGGGCCCGAGGCACAGGACUCUGGCUUCUGCCACUCUUGCUCUCUUGGCUCCUCUUUGUCUCAACCUUUCCAUCUUCUUUUCUAGAUUCUUUACUUGUUCCCCUCUCUCUGUCACUUUGCCUGUAAUCUCCCUCCAUAUUAGUGGCUCCGGGGGUCCCUCCUAGAUGUAGACUGGUCCCCUAAUUCCCAGCACCCCAUUUGUGAAUUUGGGCCGUGAGAAGGCCUGUGGGUCCUCUACCCAAGAAGGGGACUUUCUGCAGGUGGUCGCUGUGUCACUCAGCCAUGCCUGAGGGAGCUCGAGGACUGAACUUGUCCAAACCCAGCCUCGGGUGUGGCCACAGAGGCGAAGCCUGUGACUGCCCAGCUGUGUGUGAGACUCGGACAGCCCCUGCCAUGGCCUCUCCAAGAGGUUCUGGGAGCUCCACAUCCCUGAGCACAGUAGGCUCUGAAGGGGACCCAGCCCCAGGGCCCACCCCAGCCUGCUCAGCCUCCAGGCCAGAGCCCCCACCAGAGCCCCCUAUCCGCUUGCAUCUGUCACCUGUGGAGAUCCCGGGUUCAGCAAAACCCUCAAGGCUGGAACGUGUGGCCCGAGAGAUUGUGGAGACAGAGCGGGCUUACGUCCGGGACCUCCGCAGCAUCGUUGAGGACUACCUGGGCCCUCUGCUGGAUGGCGGUGUCCUGGGGCUGAGCAUGGAGCAGGUGGGCACAUUGUUUGCCAACAUUGAGGACAUCUACGAGUUCAGCAGCGAGCUCUUGGAGGACCUGGAGAACUGCAGCAGCGCCGGGGGCAUUGCUGAGUGCUUCGUGCAGAGGAGCGAGGAUUUUGACAUCUACACUUUAUACUGCAUGAACUAUCCCAGCUCCCUGGCCCUGCUGCGGGAGCUGUCACUGUCCCCGCCAGCAGCCCUUUGGCUGCAGGAGCGCCAGGCCCAGCUUCGUCACUCACUACCCCUGCAGAGCUUCCUACUGAAACCUGUUCAGCGCAUCCUCAAGUACCAUCUGCUACUGCAGGAACUAGGCAAACACUGGGCAGAAGGCCCAGAUGCUGGAGGCCGUGAGAUGGUGGAGGAAGCCAUUGUGUCCAUGACAGCAGUUGCCUGGUACAUCAAUGACAUGAAGCGGAAGCAGGAGCACGCAGCACGCCUCCAGGAGGUGCAAAGGCGGCUAGGAGGUUGGACUGGCCCAGAGCUCAGUGCUUUUGGAGAGCUGGUGCUGGAAGGCGCUUUCCGAGGUGGCGGAGGGGGUGGCCCCCGGCUUCGAGGGGGUGAGCGGCUGCUCUUCCUGUUCUCACGGAUGCUGCUUGUGGCCAAGCGCCGGGGGCCGGAAUACAUGUACAAGGGCCAUAUCUUCUGCUGCAACCUGAAUGUGAGCGAGAGUCCCCGAGACCCUCUAGCGUUCAAGGUAUCCGACCUGACCAUUCCCAAGCACAGGCACCUGCUUCAGGCCAAGAACCAAGAAGAAAAGAGGCUGUGGAUUCACUGUCUGCAGCGUCUCUUCUUUGAGAACCACCCUGCCUCCAUCCCAGCUAAGGCAAAACAAGUCCUUCUUGAAAACAGCCUGCACUGUGCUCCAAAAAGUAAGCCUAUCUCAGAACCCCCGACACCCCCACUUGGGUCUCCUAGACCUCAAGAUACUAAAAGUUUCAUCCCUGGCCAGAGGAACACAGCACCGUCUCCAGGGCCCCCCAGCAGCCGCCGUGGUCGAAGGCAGUCGGAGCCAGUGAAGGACUCUUUCGUUGGGUUUCCACAGAACGCUAAACCUAUAUUCAAGCAUGCUGGCAGUGAAGGGGAGCUCUAUGCCCCCUCAGAAUCACAGCCACUAGUGUCAGUUUCUGCACCCCCUGAAGACCUAGAGGAUGCCGGGCCCCCCACACUGGACCCCUCUGGAACCUCAAUCACUGAAGAAAUCCUGGAACUGCUGAAUCAGAGGGGCCUCCGGGAUCUGGGGCCAACCGCUAACGACAUUCCCCAGUUCCCUGGAGACUCCCAGGUGCCAGCCGACAGUGAACCUCUCACAUUCCAAGCCCUGCCCAGCCGAGACUCUUCAGAAGAGGAAGAGGAAGAGCUGGAGACAGAUGAGCGGGAACCUUCCCCGCUCCACGUCUUAGAGGGGCUCGAGAGUUCCAGUGCCACUGAAAUUCCCGACAUUCCUGGGCUUGCCAAGAUUCCUGAUGUACCCAGCCCCCUUGAAAUUCCCAAAGUUCCCCACCAUCCCAGUUUCUCUGACAUUCCCAGUGUUUUUGAAAUGCCCUGCCUUCCAGCCAUGUCUGAUGUCCCCAACAGCCCCAGUCUUUCGAAUUCUCCCACCCUCCCCUGUGAUUCCUGGUUCCCCAGACCUCUGCAAGAGCCAGCUGAGGCACUGACCACCAGGAGAGAACUGUUCCCAGGAGACAGUGCUGGGAAACUGGGAGAGCCCACCUCAGGAAGCAGAAUUGAGCAGGCUGAGGAGGGAAAAGGGGUCAUGUUCCCAGAUUUCCAGCCCCAGGAUAUUGCCCAAGCUCAGGGAUUUCCAGGUGAGCUGGAAUUCCGCUCUUGCUCAGAAAUCCGGAGUGCCUGGCAGGCGCUGGAGCAGGGGCAGCUGGCCCGGCCAGGCUUCCCAGAGCCACUGCUGAUCCUGGAAGACUCGGAUCUGGCUGGAAGCAGUGGGAGUGGGAAGGCAGGAGCCCCGCAUUCAGAGCGGGCAGCAUCCCGUGUGCGAGAACUGGCCCGGCUGUACAGUGAGCGGAUCCAGCAGAUGCAGCGUGCUGAAACUCGGGCAUCAGCCAAUGCCCCCCGCCGCAGGCCACGGGUCCUGGCCCAGCCCCAGCCGAGCCCCUGUCCGCCCCAAGAACAGGCUGAGCCUGGAUCCCUUCCUGCCUUUGGACACGUGCUGGUGUGUGAGUUGGCCUUUCCGUUGACCUGUGCCCAGCAGUCUGUUGCCCUGGGCCCUGUUGCCCGGAUUCAAGCUGCCAUACCCUUGACUAAGGAGAGAGGCUACCUGGAUGGCCAGAGUCUAAACAUUUCAGAUUUGCCUGAGCAGAGCCAACUGGACAUCCACAUUCUGGCCCCUCCUGCCUUGCCUGAGCAAGGAGCACUCCAGAAUGCCCCAGCCCCAGCCACAUCACCCAAGCAAGGAGGCCCUCCAGAUGUGCAUCGCCCAUCUGUUUCAGCUUUGCCUGAUCAAAGCCACCUGGAGAUCCAAGUUCAAGCUGCCACUCCUCUGCCUGAGCAUAAAAGUGACGUGGAUACACAGGUUUCAUCUACCAGCUGCUCUUCUGACCAAGGAUGCCAUGUGGACAUCCAGAUUCCAACCACUCCAGCCAUCCCCAAGCAGAGAAGUUGUUCUGAGAUCAUAGUUUUAGCCACCACCCCUUUCUCCAAGCAGGAAGGCCACCCGGACAGCCAGAGCCCAACCAACAUCACAGGGGCUGAGGAAGGAGGUUCUAGGGACGAUCUCUGCCCUGCUACUGACCAUGGCCAACCCAUCAACCCUUUGUUGAGGCGUGGAAGCAGCCUGGACUGUCAGAUCCCAUCCAGCACCCCUCUGCCCUUGUCACUUGACCUCCCAGACAUUCCCAUCCCAGGUGCCUCAGCUCCGCCUGAAGGGGGCGGGUACCUGGAAUGGCAGAUUCCACGGAGCUCUCCUCUGUCUUUGUCUCAAGACCUCCUGGAUGUUCAGGUUCCAGCUGCCACCCCUUUGUCCCAGCCCCAAGGCCUCACAGACAUCCAAGCCCAAGCUCUGCCCUCUUUGCCCAAGCAGGGCCACCCCCCAGCCACACCGUUGCCUCAGGAGCAAGGCCUUGGAGACACUCAGGCCCCGAAACUCACACCUGUAUUGAGGCAGCAAGAAUUCCCAAAAGUCUGUGUUCCAGCUGCCACUUUACCUGAGCAAGGCAGGCCUUGGGACAUUCAAAGCCUGGUGCCCACCCCGGUUCAGACCACUGGGGUGUUACCUAAACCAGGAAGCUCCUUGGUCCCUCUGAUUGCCAGGUCUGAGUCUACAGACUUGACCCCACCUCACAGCCCCCCACCCCCCACCCAUCAGCUCCUGGGUCCCAGUGCAGCUGCCCUCUCAAGAUACCUGGCAGCCUCAUACAUCAGCCAGAGCCUGGCUCGCAGGCAGGGACCUGGGGGAGAGGGCCCCCCAGCCUCCCGGGGUCCGUGGUCCUCUGCUCCCACGUCUCGGGCACCUUCACCCCCAGCCCAGCCCCAGCCCCCACCACCUCCAGCCAGGCGGCUCAGCUAUGCCACCUCAGUCAGCAUCCAAGUGGGAGGUGGGGGGCGGCUGCGGCCCGCCAAGGCCCAGGUCAGGUUGAACCACCCUGCUCUCUUAGCCUCCCCACCAGGAGCCUGUGAGCCUUCACAGGACCCAGGGAGCUCCUGAUGCCCUUUCGGCACGUAACCUAGGACAUCAGGCUUCCCAAAAAGCAAUGACUUCAACCAGUGCCACAUGCUCCCAGAAUUUCACCCAGAAAUCCUGACGUGGGUCUAGAGGUGGGUGCAGCUUUCCAGCCCCUCAGACCUGUUUUCAAACUUAGCCCUCCUUGCUUUGAUCCAAUAGGGAUGGGGAAGGGGCAUCAUUAGUAUUUUGUUACUAUGGAAUUCUGUGUGUUCCUCUCCUGGAUGUGUAUGGGGGAGUGUUGACAAGAUGUAAUGACUGUGAAGAGCUGAUACAGUAUGCUGACUGAUUUUGAAAAUUUGGGAGCUCUCAAAAGUCUGAGAAUUACUUGCAAUGGACCUAGUCAUUUCAAGGUGUAUAAUUUCAAGGCAUUCACAAACUGCUCACUGGGAAAUCCAGGUUAAAUUGUUCUCCAGAUGUGGCUCAGUGGGAGGCUAGUUGCCAACAAGUGCUCGGUGCUGGGUUCAUACCCAGUGCUAAACAAACAAAAGACUAUAAUCCCAGCACGCAGGAAGCUGACAGAGGAGGGUCCCUGUGAGUUCAAGGCCAACCUGGACUACAUAGUUAAGACCCAAUCUCAAAAAAUGAAAAGUGGGUACAAGGUGGGGUACACCAGGUGGACACCUUGAAGUUCAUUUUCUUAGCAAGUCACCGAGCGUCCAGCUCUUCAUCUGUCUUCCCCUCUGGUGUGGAACUCUCCAUCUUCCAAACUACUAUUUUAACCUAUGUGCUGUGCUUAGCUAACUAUCUCCACUACUUUAUUCUUCUUCCAUCUUUGUCCCAUCUGUUCCUCCAUCAGCCCCCUCAUCCAUCAUUCUACCUGUCCAUCUCUGCCCCGCACCAUCCCUUUCUCUCCACAUUUCCAUCUCUCAUGUACCUCAUUCAUCUGCUUCCAAAUCCAUGGCCCAUCUGUCCCUCUUUUGGUUUCUGGAUCUUGGUGCUACAGAACUUUGGAGAUAGUUCUAUGGUGACACCCAGGUGGAUCAGACGUGGGGCUUUGGUUUCCCUUGGCAGUCCCCCCAUCCACCCAUACUCAUGAAUAUCCCAAUUCUUGUUCCCACCCACACAUCACAUCCUUGGGCCCCUCCUUUAGAGCCACAAUUCCUCCUCACCAUGCUCCCUCCCACAAAAUAAUUCAGAUUAUAGACAAAAGGCUUUUAUGGUAGGACCCGCCUGUCCCCUCGUUCCUGCAGUGGUGGGCUGUAAGGAGCAUAAUUUAAGCAGUUUAAUGGUGAUAACUGCUUCUGUCAAACAUCUUGUGCUUUAGGGCACUAAUCUUCCCUAUAGUUUGCUAUCAUGGUGAAUUUAAGUUUCAUCUUUUCUCCUUGGUGUGUGACUUCCUCUCUGAGCCUGUUUUCUUGUGUAUGACAGUUCCUGUCUCCUGGGAGUGACCCCAGCAUUCAGUGAGCAUACUCUCACUUGCUAGAUGUACUUGGGGCCUCUAGCUUAGCAGGGAAUCCAUUCAGAUCACAGGGUCCCUUGUACCAGGGCCCUAUGGAAUCAGAACCUCCAGGGCCAAGCCUGGCAAUCUGAAUGUUAGCAACUGGGUAAUGACAAAAAGCUGAGUGAGAACUAGCUGCAUACCAUGAGCAUUCCAGUCAGUUUUCUGUGAACUUAUUCAAUUUGGGUCUUCACAAUAUCCCUAAAAGGCAAGUGAGGGCGUUUUUGUUGUUUUUGGUUGGUGCUGGAAUCAAACCCACAGCCCCAUGUAUGCUAGACAAGGGUUCUCACUGAGCUGUACCCCCAGCUCCCUUGAGGAUGGCUUUAAUAGCACCAGGCAGGAGGCAUGGAGAAAGGGACCUGCCCAGUCCCACAACCAGGAGAGGACAGAACUGGACAAAGCCCUGCAACCUUGCUCAGGUUGGUGCUCUUAACCAUGUUGAGUGCCUGUCCAGUACCAAGGUGGUAUUCCCACCAGAGGCUCAAGGGAAGCUUGUAGCCUGUUCCCUGGGGCCCACAAGAUUCUGAGGCUGCGUUAGACAGCCAGCACAGGCCUGGCUCAAUAAAUGUUAGCUGGUGGUUUCUA